AAUGUGAAGCGGCACCGUCCCCCUCACGUCAGUUUAUGGUAAGUCCACUUCUGCUGUACCGAAGCAGGCGUCUAUAAGGCUUCUUAAUCCGCCGUGUGAACCGGGAUGCUGGCGGAUCCAUGACACCGUGAGCUCCCGGGUAUGGUUCUGUCACCACCAGGAAAUGAAUGUUUUUUUUUCUUUUUACAACACCCCGCCUUCACCUCUCACUGAACACGCAGCAGUACCCGCAUGAGAUAGACUCUAUGGUGAAUCUGUACCCGUGAAUUUGACAUUCUUUGACGGUUCAGCAGCAGAGCAGCAGGGAGCAGAACUCACGAGCCGCGGCCGCUUGACAGGUGCAGUCGCCCGGCUCUGCGUGGAGAGAUGCCGCCCGUCCGGAGAACGAUGUCCGAUCUACGUAGCCGGUCAGAGGGAUAUGAAAAGACAGAGGACACAUCAGAGAAGACUUCCUUAGCUGACCAAGAAGAUGCCCGGAUGAUACACCUCAAUCAGCAGCAGUUCACAAAGUUCUGCAACAACCGGGUCAGCACAGCCAAAUAUAAUGUCCUCACCUUCUUGCCCCGCUUCCUCUACUCACAGUUCAGGAGGGCGGCCAAUGCCUUCUUUCUCUUCAUUGCACUCUUGCAGCAAAUCCCGGAUGUGUCUCCCACUGGUCGGUGGACCACGCUGGUGCCGCUGCUCUUCAUCCUGGUGGUUGCUGCUGUAAAAGAGAUCAUUGAAGAUCUGAAACGUCACAAUGCUGACGGUGUUGUCAACAAAAAAGAAUGUCAAGUUCUGAGGAACGGUGCCUGGGAGAUUGUGCACUGGGAGAAGGUGGCUGUUGGGGAAGUAGUCAGAGCUUCAAAUGGGGAUCACCUCCCGGCUGACCUCGUCAUACUGUCGUCCAGUGAACCACAGGGUAUGUGCUACAUUGAAACAUCUAAUUUGGAUGGAGAAACAAACCUUAAAAUCAGACAGGGAUUGCAGUUGAGUGUGGACAUGAAAGACAUUGACAGCCUGAUGCGUCUCUCUGGGCGGAUGGAGUGUGAGAGCCCGAACCGCCAUCUUUACGAGUUUGUUGGAAACAUUCGCCUGGAUGGACACAGUACAGUACCACUGGGUCCAGACCAGAUCUUACUGAGAGGAGCUCAGCUGAGGAACACUCAGUGGGUGCACGGUGUGGUGGUCUACACAGGACAUGACACAAAGCUCAUGCAGAAUUCCACUCGGCCUCCUCUGAAGCUGUCCAACGUGGAGCGCAUCACCAACUUUCAGAUCCUUGUCCUCUUUGGCUGCCUUCUGGCCAUCUCUCUGGUCUGCUCCAUCGGCCAAACCAUCUGGAAGUACCAGUACGGCAAUGAUGCCUGGUACAUGGACCUCAACUCUCCAGAUGGCGGGGCAGCAAACUUUGGCCUCAACUUCCUCACCUUCAUCAUCCUGUUCAACAACCUGAUCCCCAUCAGCCUCCUGGUCACUCUCGAGGUUAUCAAGUUUAUCCAAGCGUUUUUCAUCAACUGGGACACUGAUAUGCUCUAUGAGCCCACAAACACACCUGCCAUGGCUCGCACCUCCAACCUGAAUGAAGAAUUAGGCCAGGUGAAAUACAUUUUCUCUGACAAGACCGGGACCCUCACCUGCAACGUGAUGCAGUUCAAGAAGUGCACCAUCGCGGGCGUGGCUUAUGGUCACGUCCCUGAGGCUGAGGAGGGUAGUUUUGCGGAGGAAGACUGGCACAGCACACAGUCAUCCGACGAGGCGGGAUUUAAUGACCCGAGCUUACUGGAAAACCUCCAAAGUAAUCAUCCCACAGCUGCUGUCAUCCAGGAGUUCAUGACCAUGAUGGCCAUCUGUCACACUGCAGUCCCAGAGCGCACGGAUGGAAAUAUCACCUACCAGGCAGCCUCUCCAGAUGAAGGAGCUCUGGUGAGAGCAGCAAGAAACCUGGGCUUUGUGUUUUCUGGUAGAACCCCGGACAGCGUCAUUAUGGAAAUGCUUGGUACAGAGGAGAAGUACGAGCUGCUGCAUGUUCUGGAGUUUACAAGCACAAGGAAGAGGAUGUCAGUCAUCAUGCGCACCCCAUCUGGGAAGAUCCGCCUCUACUGCAAAGGAGCUGACACAGUAAUCUAUGACCGCCUGGCAGACAGCUCGAGGUACAAAGAGAUUACACUGAAGCACCUGGAACAGUUUGCAACCGAGGGACUACGUACGCUGUGCUUCGCAGUGGCAGAUGUCAGUGAGUCAUCCUAUCAGCAGUGGCUGGAGAUCCACCACAGAGCCUCCACCUCCCUGCAGAACAGAGCCCUGAAACUGGAGGAGAGCUACGAGCUGAUAGAGAAGAACCUGCAGCUGCUGGGAGCCACAGCCAUCGAGGACAAGCUCCAGGACAAGGUGCCCGAGACCAUUGAGACUCUGAUGAAGGCUGACAUCAAGAUCUGGAUCCUGACAGGCGACAAACAAGAAACAGCUAUUAAUAUUGGACAUUCCUGCAAACUGCUGACCAAGAACAUGGGCAUGCUCGUGAUCAAUGAAGACACUCUGGAUAGAACAAGAGAAACACUCAGCCACCACUGUGGACUGCUGGGAGAUGCCCUCUACAAGGAGAACGACUUUGCUCUCAUUAUUGAUGGAAAGACUCUCAAAUACGCCCUCACGUUCGGAGUGCGACAGUACUUCCUGGACCUGGCUCUGUCCUGUAAAGCUGUCAUAUGCUGCAGAGUGUCUCCUCUUCAGAAGUCGGAGGUAGUAGAAAUGGUAAAGAAACAGGUGAAAGUGAUCACGCUGGCCAUCGGUGACGGUGCUAACGAUGUGGGAAUGAUCCAGACAGCUCAUGUUGGUGUGGGAAUCUCAGGCAACGAAGGCCUGCAGGCUGCAAACUCCUCUGACUACUCUAUUGCCCAGUUCAAAUACUUGAAGAAUCUGCUGCUCGUCCACGGAGCCUGGAAUUACAACCGUGUAGCCAAGUGCAUCUUGUACUGCUUCUACAAAAAUAUAGUCCUCUACAUCAUCGAGAUCUGGUUUGCAUUUGUCAAUGGCUUCUCAGGACAGAUCCUGUUUGAACGCUGGUGCAUCGGCUUGUACAACGUGAUCUUCACUGCUCUUCCUCCUCUCACUCUGGGAAUAUUUGAGCGCUCCUGCAGGAAAGAGAACAUGCUGAAAUACCCUGAACUCUACAAAACCUCCCAGAAUGCCAUGGGCUUUAACACCAAGGUCUUCUGGGCCCAUUGUCUGAACGGCCUCUUCCACUCCGUCAUCCUCUUCUGGUUCCCCCUUAAGGCCUUCCAGCAUGAUACAGUUUUUGGCAACGGAAGAACUCCAGACUAUCUCCUCUUAGGCAACAUGGUUUACACAUUUGUGGUCAUCACAGUUUGUCUCAAAGCCGGCCUCGAGACCUCGUCCUGGACUAUGUUCAGCCACAUUGCCAUCUGGGGAAGUAUUGGCCUGUGGGUGGUGUUUUUCAUCAUCUACUCUUCCCUGUGGCCCCUCAUCCCCCUAGCUCCGGACAUGUCAGGAGAGGCGGAAAUGAUGUUCAGUUCAGGGGUCUUCUGGACGGGCCUGGUCUUCAUCCCUAUCACCUCGCUGGUCUUCGACGUAGCCUACAAAGUAGUGAAGAAGGUGUGUUUCAAGACUCUGGUGGAUGAGGUGCAGGAGCUUGAGGCUUUAUCCAAAGACCCUGGAGCAGUGGUGCAUGGAAAGAGUUUGACGGAGAGAGCUCAGCUCCUGAAGAACGUCUUCAAGAAGAGCACGGUCAGCUUGUACCGCUCCGACUCUAUGCAGCAGAACUUGCUCCAUGGCUACGCCUUCUCUCAAGAUGAGAACGGAGUUGUGUCUCAGUCUGAGGUCAUCAGAGCGUACGACACCACCAAACAGAGGACCAACGAGUGGUGAGCCGCCGGCCAAUCUGGUGCCACAAUCGCCAUUUCUAAUGGCGACGUUUGAAGCUCAACGGGGCACAAAGAAGGCCAGCAUGUGCCUCCUGCACUGAGUGGAUUUUUGGGACAUGAAACAGACAGAGUAGAAUAACUUGUUGUCUUUGGAAAAAGGGAAGAAAAAAAAAACAGGAGCAAAAUGAAAUGUGUUCACUAUCAGCUGUAGUAGUUUGUCCAGCAGACAUGAUGAGCACUGUGCUUUCUUUCGCAGUCUGUGGUCUGAAAUUCUUCACUCUUCUCUUCGCUCACUUCAUGGGAGCGAAUGUCUCCUCUCUACUGAAAAUAAAUGAAAUCAUUGAAUUGAAUCUUAAACACUGUUAGUUCAAACACUGGAGGAUGAUUAGUUUAGAGGAAUUAAAACUUGUAAAGAUUGCCAAAGAGCAGUCGUGUAUACAAUCUUCCAAGUACUAGUGAAUUGGGAAAACCAAAUGUAAUCACACUCCUGAGUGUAUUCCAGCACUGAACGGACCACUUCAGAGCAGACAUUUGUAACAUGUUCGUUUUUUUGCACUCAAGGAGCAUCUCUUGUGUAAAGCCUUACAUUUGCUCAUGCCUUCAUCCUUGUCAUUUCUUUCUUUUUUUUUAGUUUCACUUUUAAAAUAUGUAGAUAUUGUGCCUGGUUUUAUUUAUUUAGCUCUUUUUUUUUAAGAAGUUGCCUCCUGCAACCCACUGUAGUCCUGUUUCCACCGCUUUUUACAGCAGAAGCAUUGCUCUCGACAGAUAAUUGCAUUCCACACAUCACUCCAGUCUCAACAAUCACAACGGUGCCUACGUCAAACUUUUCCCUCAUAGAAGAAGAAACAGAUAGCCAAGAGUAGUUUAGCCUGCUAGCUUAGACCAGUGCUCCACAAACACACCUGCUGAAGACAAAACCACUGUCUCCCCACCACAGUAUUGCACUCGAACAAUGUGAAAACUACAGAGUGCCUUGUGGCACAUGUGUAAAGCAAGAUUUGUUCCUGCAGAGGUGAACUGGACGCUCUCUGACGGAAGCUCACAGCAGUGAUAGUGAAUCCCUUAAAAUGGAGAUUUUAUCCUUCUAACAUAAGUGCCAUUAGCUUAAGGGAGAGUGAAAUAUUAGCCAGGAACUCCACGACAAUAUCAAACUACUUUGUCUCUAUAGUUAUUUUGUGGAUUUGUAUUUUUAUAUUGGAGAUGUAUGACUUUUGCAUUGACUGGCUUUGUAAUGAACUGUCACUGUAACUCUUUUGUUUUUCUUCCUCUGAUAAAACUGGCAGGUUAGCAUAGAUUGAAUGAGAAAACUGAGCUUUCUUAAAUGUCUUGUUAUUAUUAAUAUUAAUAUUGUUACAGCUUGAUUUAUUUAUAAUUGACUACUUAAUGUCUGUGGAAUUGCUUUCUUCUCCCUAUGGGAGAUCAGAUUUCUGACGGUGUGUGUGACUGCGUGUGUCAGUGUAUUGCCUGCAUGUGCAUGUGCUGUAUGCGUGUGUGCGUGUGGGUCACCUCUACUGUGUCUGUGUAUGCAUUGCAUGUCUGUGUCCUCUAUGUGAGACCGGGACUUGCUUUCUCCCGGUCCUCCUCGUGUGUUUCUUUUGAGUGUGUGUAUGUGUGUGUGUCCGUCUGCACGACUCCAGGUAAAGCUAUGGUGUUCUGCUGUGUGCUGAUGCAUGGCCCUGUACGGGACAGCGUGUGGUAUGAUUGUGUUUGUGUGUUCGUGGUCAAACUCUCGGCCUGGACUGUGAGAGUUUUAACGCUCAGCUCGCUUCGACAGGAGAUGUUGCACAAAGCACUCGAUGUACCUUUCCAGUAGUGAAUCUCUGGUAUUCUCUGCUUUCAGUAUGAUUUCUCUUCAGUGUUUGUAACUCUUUUCUACAUGCAGCGUUCGGCUGCUUUACGGGAACGCUCUUUUGUUGUUAGUGAGGGUUUAUAUUUAUUUUCUCUGCUGGUCUUUUGGUGUCAACAGUUUAAUUGGUCGUCAUCUUGUCAAAAAGUUUCCAAACUGCUGAAUGUGGAUGUCAUUGUUGUCGUGGAAGGCUUUGGGACUGUUGCUUUCUUUUUCCAGAAACCGUAAAAAACACACGUUGUUGUCCGUGAAAGUCGUGGGCUGCAUGAAUGAAUAACACAAACUGUUCUCUGAAAUGUUAACUGUUACUGCUUUGAUUCUCCCUCAAGUGUUGAUCACUUCACAAAAGAGGAAAAAAAAACGCACCUUUAACUUUUCUGUUGAAUAUUUGUUUCUUUUCUGUCAUUUUGUUCAAUGAUUGUUCUGCAUGUUGGGACUGCAAACUUAUAAGUGUUGUCUUUUACUGCCAUGAAGGACUACUGAAAUAAACUUUACAAUCAUGGAGGAGCAA